GGAGUGGAUAUCGAAGCGAAGGAGACAAGCGAGAGAGAGAGAGAGAGAGAGAGAAAGAGAAAAAAGAAAGAGUUUCUUGAUCCGUCGAUAGAGUGUGUGUGUGUGUGGAUAUGUCCCCGGUGCUGAUGUGGAUGUCCAAGUCAGAUGGUUUUCUCUGUUUCCCUUUCCGAUCGACACUGAUGAAGAAGACUCGCAAAGGUUUUUGAAGGGAGGCAAGACUAAGAGGGAGGACUUCCUGUGACAGCCCCGGCCAGGUCAUCAUCAUCAUAUCACAUCACCGCCCCUCUCAUCUGACUCAGCCACUUGUUAUACAACACCAUUCGCCAGAUGCUCAACCAAUCAACCACAGCAAAGCACAGCAGCAAACUACUAACAACAACUACAACAACCAAGAAAACCCAUCAAGACAGACCACAACAACAAACCACAACAACAACAACAGAACAACAACAGCAAGAUGAUGAUGAUGAUGAUCAGAAUGAUGAGGAGUUCGAUGAACCAGUCUGGGACGAGGCCAAUCUCAAAACAAUCCAGCUCAUCGAAAACAAGUACUACGAAGAUCUACAACACAUCAGUAAAUUACCAACCAAAAAAAAACUCCAAUCGGAUUCCUCUGGUAGCAAGACUCGAGUAACCAGCCCCUCAACUAUCAACACAGAACACGAGAAGAAGGGCACCAAGAAGAGAAGAGCUCCUAGUCAUCUGGAUAUUCAAGUCAUUCCUGAGUCUAAUGAUACUAUCAACCCGACCGCUUCUCAAGCAACUCAUCAUCUCUUGUCUCAGCGAUUCAUGUCCCUCAAACCGAGCUCCAAAAAUAAUGGUCUCUACCAGCGCUUUCGGGCUAAGAGAGGCUUCCUGUCUGUCAGCGACCUUGUGUCUUGUUUGUGGUGUGAAGUCCAAGUGGAAUAUGGACUGUUAGGCAAACGGUAUCUGCGACCGAGUCAGCGGCCCAAAUCGUUCAUCUCUUCCUCUGGAGUCACAAUUAAUGUCAACACUAAGCUGGUCGUUUCUCGGCAAAAUAUCCUGGAUGGGGGGAUCAAAGUUCACAGCAAACUCGAAAAAGAAGUGGCACCUGAAAAAGUUAAAGUUCAAGUGACCACUCAAGUCGAUUCAUGGGGUCUCAAAGUUAUGAAUACUAUCGUCAGCUUGAGCUUGCUCAGAUCUACCGGUAUGAUGCGUGAGAUCCCAGUGUGGGGAUUCAUAGGAGGCUUUUUCAUCCAAGGAAUCGUCGACCAAAUCGAGCUGAUUCCAGGCCCCACGGACCGCUCAUCAGAGCGUGUCGAAAGCGGAGAAAAAUGCCGUGCUUCAUUGAUCGACCAGGGGGAUUCGAAAGGAUACUUUGUUAGGAUCAGUGAUAGUAAGACGACUCAAGGCGAAACCUUACCGCCUCCGGAAUUCACUGAAUCUGCUCGAUAUCAGUUGAUGCUGUACAAAUAUCUUUAUGACCAACACGCAAGUGGAUCAUUUGAUUUAGAGCGAUUUGCCAGCCAUCUCGGAUUGGGCCUAGACGAGCCCUUCAGCCGGACGUUCAUGGAAGAUGCGAUGCCGGUCUUAGCCAGUAUCGAGACGGACUGGAGCGAGUCCAGUCCUGCGUCAAAGCCGACGACGCUCCGAGGGAUCUUUGGAUUGUAUCAGCAUCUGAUCAGCCAGAUCGGCGUCUCUCACUCCACCCUGGAGAUCGUCUAUCGUAAGCGGGGCACCACACGUUCCAAUCUCUCUGCAAAGGCACAUCCUUCCAAGAAAAUCAAAGCCGUCCAUAACGAUGAAUCGUCAAUCGUCAAAGGCAUCCCGACCGUCGACUUGACCAUUCCCACUCCAGUUGUCACUUGCGAGCAUCCCUCUUUGGUCGACCCUCAGUUGUUGGAUAACUCUACCCCCAACACAGCCGCCUCCAAUGACCCACAAAUCGACCCGGCCCUUCUGAGUCCUCAGAAGGCCGAAAUUCAGCCCUCCCAAAAUCGGAAUACCAGCCCGACCAAAGCCAACAGCACGCGAUCAUCAACCAGUCCCCCAGGAUCGACAGAACCAAAAGACCCAUCAGAAAAGCCUGAUGUCGAUGCCUCAUUGGUUGUUCCUUCAAGAACUGAACGAGAGAGUUUGACGCCAACAAGCACGAGUCGAUUGGAAGCUCCCCAAGAAAAGGAUACAGAGGAUGAUCCUCUUCUGCUUGCCCUAUCUCCCUCCUCUUCUUCCUUGGACUCUCUUCACCCGACUAAACUGGAUAGCUCUUCUAAGGAAAUCGUGGGCGCAUUCGAGUUCCUCUUUCAUCCUCUCGAGUUCUUUGGGUUCAUCCAUCAUACCCUGUCGUUCUGGAACGGCGACUCGGAACCUGUCGGGGUGGAUAUCAAGAGCUCUAAUAAAUGCUCGCCGUGCGAAUUUAAGGAAUCUUGUGAAUGGAGAUCGAAACUCUCGAAUCAAAUCAUCGAUUCUGUUCUUUGAAAUCACCCCCGUCCUUUUCUUUCUUUCACCCCCCCCCCUUUUCUUGAGGGAUAAUUGGGGGCCAAUAUGGUUCAAUAAAUUGGAUUGGUUUUAGUGAGUGUUUG